CAAAAGCGCAAAAAGUGUGUGUGUGUGUAUAUAAAGAAAGCACAAGCAAAAAAAAAGAGAGAAGAAACGCCGCCGCUUGGUAGCGCGCAAAAUUUUUUUUACCGCAAAUACAGUCGUUCUAAACGCUCCAUAUCGAUGUCGUCGCCAAUUUUAGAGCCGGUUAAGAAGCGUGGUCGUCCGCCAAAGGCCGGUGGCGGUUCAGUUGCUUUGAGCGGCGGUGGCGAUGCUGCGCAUACCAUUCCUAAGAAGCGUGGUCGGCCAUCGGGCAGUGGUAAUAAGGGUCGCGGUAGGCCACCUAAAAAUCCGAUCGCCAGUGAUGCCGAAGAAGACGUCUUGGCUCUGGAUGGUGAAAAUGGUGAUACUGACGUGCCGAAGACCAGCAAGGGACGAGGACGCCCGGCAAAAGUGACCAAAGUGGACACUGAAAGCAGUGGCAAUGAAAGCGGUAACGAUUCAUUAAGCAUUGACAAGCCAUCUAAGGCACAAAAGUCACCAUCGCCGGCCAAGCGGCGCAAGCUUGGUCGACCAAAGAAGCAUGUGCCCAGUGAUGAGGAGGCAGAAUCUGAUGUCGAUGACGAUGAUGAGCGACGUCCAGUGGGUCGUCCUCCUACCGGCGGUGUCAAUUUGAACAUAGUCCGCACAGGUCGUGGUCCAGGUAGACCCAAAAAGCGUGCCCCUGAAGAAACUAAUGGCGAUGUGGCUGCUGUGCCUAAGAAGCGUGGCCGACCGGCUGGGUCGAACAAGUCAGUGCCCAAUGCUCCAACGGGCAAGCCGCGAGGACGUCCUAAAAGCAUCAAGCCGCCGGUUGAUGAUGACAACGACGAUGACAAUGGCGAAGAUGAUGGCUCGACUGCUGAUGGUGGCGAAGAUGGCGGCAAGUCAGACUCUGAUUUCGUGUCCAUGCCCAAGAAACGUGGACGUCCAUCUAAGAGUGGUGCCUCUGGUGGCAAGCCACGUGGGCGCCCAAAGGCCGUUAACAAUGAUGAUGAGUCCACCGAUGCGGAAAAGGGCGAGGAAACUGGCGAGUCGAAUGGCGAUGUUGUGCCUGCACCCAAAAAACGUGGACGUCCAGUGUCAUCCGGCAGAAAUCCCGGUGGUGCUGGUGGCGAUUCGGAGAAAGCACGUGCCCGAGCCAAGGGAGACGCAGACGGUAUUGGCGACGAAGACGACGGUGAGGAUUCCACAAAGGAAGACCCCUUACCGCCGAAACCCAAAGUAAAGUCCCCAGGCGGUAACAGCACCACCAGCUAUAAGUCGGCAAGCGAAUCCGUUGAAGAACUAACCGACGAGGAUGCUGCAGUGGCCUAAAGGCUUCGAGGUUUAGAUUUUAAGAGAUAAACGUAAUUAUUCAUCAUCCAGAAACACCAACAAAAACAAAAACGACAAAGCAUGCAAGUUCAAAUCCCCAGACUACUGCAACCAAACAGACACACACACCCACCCAUGGGGCGUACGACCAUUAAUCGACCGAUAGAUCGGCUUGCCUUGAUCGACAUCAUUCAAAUUCAUUAAACGUUUAAACAAAAAAAAAAUGCCACAAGAUUGGCACGAACAACAACUAAUGCACUCCUUCGCUAAACAACAAAAACAUAGAUUUAGACUCACCAAAAAAACAUUCACAUAUAUUAUAAAAAUAUACAAAUACAAUACAUUUAAUGCUAAAAAAAAUUCGUUACGCGCCCGAUUUUAGUUUUCAACGAACGAAGGCAUUUCAAAAUGAAUAAGUUCAUUUAUAUAUAAAUAUACUAUAUAUAGUAUAGUUUAAUCCAAAUUUUGUUUCGCCUCAUCCAGAGAUGAUUCUAUUUGUAAUUUUAUUUCCUUAACAUGGCUGAAAAGAAAUUUGGAAAUAUGUGCUAGCGGAGCCCUCCCCAAAAGCACUCAUAAAUAAGAACCGACGUAUCCCAUUCAUUUGUGUGUAAAACAAAUUUCCCUCAAACGCAUGUAAGGAACGUGUAAAAAUAAAAUAAAUAAUAAAAACCAAAAUGUGAGACUACAA